ACAGAAUUGGGUCGCUGUUAGUGUUGCUUUUGAAAAACGGACAAUACGAAAGUUGAAGUUAGUUUAUACUGUACGGGCAUGUAAUCUGGGACGCAGUUAAUUCUGGGUCAAUGAGUGCUUACAUAAAGAGGCCAGAGCCACGGAACCCGAACACACUCUUGAAGAGGGAAUCGGUGGAGGAGCUCUUCUUUUCUCUUAUUGCCAUUUGGAUAUUUUUUUUUAAUAAUCCGCAGACUAAUUCAUUGGUAUCUUACUUAUUUGCGGUAAUAGACUGGGUGCAUCUAUUCUUUGUUCGAUUUCUAUUUGCGAAUUUAAUUUCUAUUAAAAUACCUUUAUUCGCAAGAGCGCCACAAUGAAUAUACCCGUAGUGGAUUUCGACGUGUACAGGGUUGGAGUAGAAGAUGUAGCGGAGGAAAAAUUGGAUGUUUUGUGCAAGGAGCUGAGAUCCGCUUUUACUGAAGUUGGGUUUGUGUACCUGAAGAAUACCGGCAUUUCUCAGUAUGAGGUUGAUACCAUGAUGAACAUUUCAAAGACUUUUUUCCUGCUGCCUCAUGAAGCGAAGAUGCCCUUCCUCCGGGGAAAGCACGCUGACCCGAACCAGGGCUGGGUAUCCUCCGGAACAGAGAGGUUAAAUUCUCGCCGCGCUUGCGACCUGAAAGAGGCUUUCAACACUUCUUCUUUGCUUCCCAGUAUGAAGUGGCCCUCGGAGGAAGUGCUCCCAGGUUUCCGGGAGAAGCAGGUGUGGUUUUACCGGCGCUGUGCGGACCUCUCUCUGCGUGUGCUGAGAGUUCUGGCGCUCAGCCUGGGUCUGGACCCAGACUUCUUCCUCAGCAAACACUCCCGGGUUGUGGAUGGGGAGCAACAGGCUGGGGGUCAGAGGAACGGCACCACACUGCGGCUCCUGUACUACCCCCCGGUGCAGACGGAGUGUGUGCAGGAGGGGCAGGUGCGCUGUGGGGAGCACUCUGACUUCGGCACCAUCACCCUGGUGUUCCAGGGCCCUGGGGGGGGCCUGCAGGUAGGGGUUCUGGGUCGCUCUGGGGACUUCAUUGCAGCUCCCACCAUUCCUGGCACCGUCCUCGUCAACAUCGCCGACCUGAUGCAGAGAUGGACGUCCGACGUCUUAAUUUCCGCGGUCCACAGAGUUUUGCUGCCACCUCCUGGUGACAUGAGCGAAAGACAGUCUGUGGUCUUCUUCCUGCAUCCAGAUGACGACGCUGUGAUCACGUGCUGCGACGGAACGGACAAAUACCCUGCGAUAACGGCUUUGGACUACCUCAUGGAGCGCUUAGAAAACUCCUACCGGAGAAAGUAGUUCUGCUUUCAGUGCUUUUUAGAUGCAAACAUCUUCACUUGCAAAGUAGAGCCUUUAGUCUAAAAUAAACUAAUGCAUUUCACGAGCUAGAUAUCUCAUUAUCUUCCUGAAUCGAACUAUUGCUUUCCAUUGCAUUAGGAGGCAUCAGGUAAUUUGGGGGAUUCGUCCAGACUCUUAAAGGGAACCUCCAGGAAGGGAGACUUUUUUCAAAAGCCAUUUUACAUUCUCUGUAUUAACAGUGGAGGUUCCCUUUUAGGCCUUGU